AUGAAUGUUACAGAUAGAAUGGCUUUCAAUAAGGAAGGAAUGGACUACGACAAGCAUAAGGCUCUCAUCAGAGAGUUUAUCGACACAUAUUACGGAACGGAUGAAAAUGGGCAAAAGGUAUUCUAUUACCGUGAGGACAUCCAACGAAUCGCUGAACGUGAACAAGUCGCUCUUUAUGUCAAUCUCGAUGAUAUCAAUCGAUUCGAUGAGUCUCUGGCUGCUUUGAUAGAAGGAAAUGCUAGACGAUUUCAUCAGAUUUUCAACGAAGUGAUAGAUGAAAUGGUGCAGGAAGUACUGGGAGAUCGUCAGCCUCCUAUCCGUGACGCGCUUGACGCAUUCAUUUUCCAAAGAGUUUACAUGGAUGACCAGUCAAAGAUCAAUGAUGGGUAUCUUGGGGGAACGAUUCAGGAGGCUCGCAAAAAAUAUCCUCCUCAGUUGUUGAGACGUUUCGAAGUAAUCUUCAAAAACCGUGAUGCCAUGAAGCCUGUGGCAGUUCGUGACAUAAAGGCAAGUUGUGUUGGUAAGCUCGUCACAGUUAGUGGAAUAGUGAUCCGUGCUACGGAGGUCAAACCCAUUGUCGAAGUUAUGACUUACGCUUGCGAUACUUGUGGAGCUGAAAUUUAUCAACCAGUGAGUUCUCAGUUUCAUUGUUACCCAAGAAGAUAA